CUUUUCCGGAGCUGCUGCCGGGCCGCCCGUAGCUGUGGUGACGCCUCGAGGCCUUGACCUCUGAGUUAGGGGAGGGGUAAUGCCUAGCGUCGGCUCUGGCCCUGACCAGGCCUGAGAAGAAGAGAUGGCCCCCUUUUCUUCCCCGGGCUCGGCGUGAGCGUCUGAGCACCCUGCGAACACUUAGCGAUCAGGGCUUCUCGGCCUUAGGCACGUGGGUGCCAUGUGGCCUGUGCUUUGGACCGCGGUGCGCACCUAUGCUCCCUAUGUCACCUUUCCCAUGGCCUUCGUGGUCGGGGCUGUGGGGUACCACCUGGAAUGGUUCAUCCGGGGGAAGGAGCCACAGCCUGUGGAGGAGGAGAAGAGCAUCUCAGAGCGCCGGGAGGAGCGCAAGCUGGAUGAGCUGCUCGGCAAGGACCACACCCAGGUGGUGAGCCUUAAGGACAAGCUGGAAUUUGCUCCUAAAGCCGUCCUAAACAGAAACCGCCCGGAGAAGAACUAAUGGAGGACUCAGGGCCCGAUGGGGCCUUCCAUGGGCCAUGGCUGGUCCUGCCACCACGUCGACCCAGCCCCAGAACCCAUGUCUGAUUUGCUUUAUUGCUGCUUCUGGCCCCGCCCACACCCCCACAGCUGCGCACACACUGCCUCUGCUAUGGCGAGGCAGACACGCUGGAAGCGGAGGGGCCAGUGAAGAGGAAGGCCUGGGAGGGUUCUGGCCUGAAGGUUGCCUCAGCUGGAUGGUGGCCACAACUGCCCGGGCUUCUGCGCUGCUGGGCGCACCACUGGGGGGAGAGUUACGAAACGAACACUGGCUGUUAGUCCCGGUGGGAAGGUGGUUUGGCCUCCAGUGGGAGUGGCUGGGAUUGGGGUGGUGGGAGAGUUCACAGAUCUACCUGGCUCUCUUAACUAGCUUGCCCUGUCCUUUGUGCUCAUUCUCCCUGAAAUCCUGUCCUGGCAGCUCAGGGAGGGGAUUCCCCUGGGAAGGAAUGCUGUUUUCUGUUCUUGGGAGCCCAGACUGUUUGCCUUGGGGCAGGUGAAUUAGCUUGAAAACAAUCACCAUCUUUCACACGCCCCCCCCCCCCCCCAUUACUGUAUAGUGCAAAACUUGAUUAAAGUGGUGUCUGAGAACCAUUUUGAUCUAAUCCUAUCUUCCAGGUGGUGUUUGGGGUCUCCUUAGGAGUUAUGUAAGUGCAGACAUCUCCAGGUAGGAUAACAUUGGCCUUUAACUAAAGACUUCAGGGCCCUGGAGCUUUGUUUUACUAGUGUGGUUGUGUUGGAUCCUGGAGACAGUGAGUCUUGAAGGCGCAGGUUCCCAUGGGCAUUUUUAUCAUGAUAACAAGAGGCUUAUAGACUUUCAAAGUCUAAAUGAGAGUAGACCAGGGAGCUUGACAAUUAACAUCAGAUUUUCCAACUUCAUAUUCAUAUGCACACAUCAAAAGUAGUAUAUAUACAUAAUAUUUGGCAGGAGGUUUGCAAAAUGGUUACCCACACUCUGAGGGCUCUAGUACAGAUAAAAAGGUAACAUUUUGGUAUUUUUCACUAAUUCUUGGCCUAGUUGUUUUUAGAUACUUAUCAUUGCUGUACAUGUAAUUUUAUAUUCUCUUUUUACAUAGUAUUUCAUAUCGGAAUUACUUUCCCAUCUUGUCACAUGGUCUUCAUAACCCUAAUUGUUUCCAGUUGCCCAUCAAGUGGAGCUAUAGCAUAGUUUGUUUUUUAACUGUUUCCCUAUCGCUGGACAUGUGGGUUGUUUUUGAUUGUUCACUCAGAAAUACUGCCAAGAGUAUCUUAUGUGAGGCUUUUCCUGCGUUUUGGAAUACAGGAGAGGGGUAGGGACAGUAAAUGGCAUUCUGGAUGAAGUGGGAUGAUUAAGGGUCUUAAUGGGUAACAACUGAACAUCUGCCCUGAAGGGUGGUUGGAGCUUAUACCGAAUGCUGCCACUAAAGCUGUUGUCAGUGAGGUUGGAAAGGGUGACAGCAGAGAGCAAACCUGUUGCCUCAUGAAGUCAGUUGACCUUCAGCCCGAGUGAGCAAAGGCAAGUAGUGUGUUUGAUGAAGAAUGAACUGCCUUAAAAGGGGGAGGGCGUUUGCCCUGCUUCUCACCUCAGGAUUUGAGGCCUGAUGGUGUUACCAGGUGGGGGAAGGUAGGACUCCUGAACAGAUAGAGGUUCUGGCUGUGGCGUGGGGGGAGCAGGGGAUGCCGAAGAUGGUAGCCAGAGGAGGGGGCAAAUCAAGUCGGUGGCUUCCCCCUCAGUCACUGGAGCCUGGUGGGAAUGUUGAAAUGAACUGCUGUUGCUUCUCAGGGAGUAAAUUUGGUGGGGAACGUGGGGGUGGUAGGAUCUGCUACUGAAAUAAGGAUGAGGUUUCUGGUUCUGAAAGGAUGUGCUGAGGUCAGUUUGGUUAUGGGCUGGAGGCGACGCAGACCUCCUUAGCAGGCCAGUGCUGCCCCCCUGUGGCAGUCCUGAGUACCACCAAGCCUGGGUAUCUUCCCUGGACCAACACUCAGGCCUGUAGGGGUCAGUGAGGUGUCAAAUGAGAGGCUGGGGCAGGCUAGAAAGCACAGGCCCGCCUGAAGGAGGCAGUGGCUGGGCAGCUUCUUCCAGUCUGUGCUGCUUGCUUGACCAGAGAUACCAGAUUUUUAUCUGUAUUUUUUUUCUAAAAGAUACUAGAAAUUCA